AUGAGACGAAGACCAAACAACAAAGAUCAGAUUUCUUUAUCUUCUAAAACAAAUUAUAUCAACGAAAAUAACACUAAUAAUCUUUAUCAAAAGCGUCUUCGUUCAUGGAACCGAACAUUAACUCGAUUAAAAUCUAAUCAUACAUCUGUUACAUCUUUAAUUAUGAAUAAUGAUGUUAGACCUCCUUAUAAAUCGACUAUUUAUACUUAUCCAAUCAAUAUUACUAAUAAUCGUUCGAAUAUUUUAUCACAUACAGUACUUUCAGAAAGUUUAACAACUGAAAGUGCUUUCUAUUGUCCAUCAAUAUCAUAUACUUCUAUUCAAACAAUAGGUGAUUUAAACAAUAAUCAUGUAACAACAUUAAAUAUACAAAAUAAAAAAAGACAACAUAGUACAUUAUCAUGUGAAAAUCUUUCAAGUCAACUUUCACAAAUUAAAACAUUCGAUAUAUUACCCGAUCCGAAUUAUGAAAAACAUAUAAAUAUUAAUCAAUCAUCUAUCAAUAAUAAUCUACAAUUAACACACUAUCAAAGUCCAACAAAACGAUCACGAUUAUCUAUUGAUGAUUCUAUCAUUACAAAUCAUCAUUCGUUAAAUUCUCCAAUAUUUAUCGAUGAUGAUUCUACUAUUGAUAUCAAUCAACAAUUAGAUCAACAAGAAUCAUUAUCAUUAUCUAUGAAUAAUGAUAUGUUAAUAACUAAUUCAAAUUCAAUGGAAACUGCUAUUAAAAUGAUUCAACCAAUUGUUGAUAUUAUUUUUAAUGCUUUUGAAGAUCAAUUAAAAAAUAUUCAAACAAAAACUAUUGAAUCAUCAAUUUCAAAUUAUUCAUCAAUAAGUUCAUUAGAAAAAAUUUCACCACAUCAUUUUUAUCCUUCUAUUAUGAUUCCACAUGUUUCAUUAAAAUUAUCUAAUCGUCCUAUUAUAUUACAUGCAGUUAAUAUUAAUAUUCAAUUGACAACAAAACAAUAUACAACAAAUACAAUAGUAAAUGAAAAUCAUCAUUUACAAUCAAUUUCAUUAAAUGAACUUAAACAAAAACUAAUAUCAUACAUUUUAUCAAACAAUUUAAUAUCUAAUCAUAAAACAAAUAAUAAUUAUCAGAGAAAAAGACUUAAACUAAAACGAAUUCUUCAAUUAGCUGUUUUUGGUGUUAGUGUAUUAUGUGGUUAUUUGCUCUUGUAA